AAACCUCCAAAUAUAGCACGCAUAUUCGGAGUCGGAGUUGUUUCCGGGCACCUAUUAAAAAUGGCUACUUUAGGCCUUCGCUCAAAUACAUGGCUACACAAAUUCCGUACUCAAACAUCAAUACGUUCACGUUCAUUUACAACUCUCGCUUCACUUUCCCCAAUUGAGGACACCGAAAACAUUCAAUUAAACGAAACAGUACCUAGUAGUACUAGCAACAACAAUGACAAGUCCAAUAAAUCAUUUUUUCCUAAACGAGGCCAAACUUUGGAGCUAGUAUGUGAGUCACUUGCUUUUAAAGGAAAAGGUGUAUGUAAAGUUGCUGAUACUGGUUUUGUACUCAUGUGUGAUCGUGCACUUCCUGGAGAACGAUUUAUUGGCCGUGUUACGCGUAAAAAAGAUAAUUACGCUGAGGUAAAGAAGUUGAAGACAAUAACACCUCAUUUUGACUACGUUGAAGCACCGUGUGAAUAUGCUUUGCACUGUGGAGGUUGCAAGACUCAGAAUUUGUCGUAUGAAGCCCAGCUCCAGGCCAAAGAGCAACAAGUCCAUGACCUGGUUGUUCACGUGGGCAAGUUUUCUGAUCACGAGCCAGAAUUUGCGGGUGCCAUGAAACCCAUUGUUCCCUGUGAUAUUCAAUUUCACUAUAGGAACAAGAUGGAAUUCUCUUUUGGCCCAAAGGGCUGGGUACCUGCUGAACAGCUGCAAGAAAAAUCUACUGAAGGAUGUGUCUAUGCUUUGGGUCUGCAUGCCCCUGGUUUUUUUGAUAAGGUUUUAAAUGUGAACAAGUGCUUAUUGCAAAGUGAUCCAGCAAAUGAGGUUCUUGCAAUUGUGCAAGAAUGCUGGCGGGAUCCAGAGUUGGGGCUUUCUCCGUGGAAUGUGUACUCUCACACUGGCUUUCUGAAGCAUUUAAUGCUUAGAACAGGCAGCAAUGUUGAAACUGGUCUUCCUGAGCUUAUGGUUAAUUUUGUAACUUCUUCCGACAAUCCUGAAUACUUGAAGCCCCUUGUUGAGAAAAUCACAACAAUUCCCGAAGUGGUAAGCAUUGUGAACAAUGUGAACACAUCUAUCGGCAACACAUCUGUUGGGGAGAAAGAAUAUACAUUGUAUGGAAAAUCUACCAUCACAGAGAUUUUAAGAGGGCUUACUUUCCAGAUUUCUGCGAACUCUUUCUUUCAGACAAACACACGGCAGGCUGAGAUUCUCUAUAGAUUAAUUGAGGAUUGUGCCUUUCUUAAAGGAGACGGGUCUGAAAUUGUACUUGAUUUAUUUUGUGGGACAGGAACCAUUGGCCUUACACUGGCCAAAAGAGUGAAGCAUGUUUAUGGUUUUGAAGUGGUAGCUCAAGCUGUAGCAGAUGCACGUCAAAAUGCCACUCUAAAUUGCAUCAAUAAUGCAACCUUCAUCGAAGGAGAUUUGAAUAAAAUUGAUUCAACCUUCGCCAGCAACUUGCCCAAGCCUGACAUUGUUAUCACAGAUCCUAAUCGCCCUGGCAUGCACAUCAAAUUGAUCAAAUUUUUGCUAAAGUUGAAAGCAUCACGCAUCAUUUAUGUAUCGUGUAAUCCUGCCACCUGUGCUCGUGACCUUAAUUAUCUCUGCUAUGGUGUGUCGGAGCAGAAUAUAGAAGGACACUACAGACUGAUUAGCUUACAACCAGUUGACAUGUUUCCUCACACACCUCAUAUUGAAUGCGUUUGCUUGCUUGAGCUUCGGUGAUAAACCAGUUCUACAUCUUAAUCACAAACUGGUUUGAAUUUCUUGUGUCUGCAAUUGUUCUUGCUUCAUCCUGGGACUGCUGGCCUAGAUUCCUUUGGGAUUUAGAAAGUGAAAAGAAUACAGAUGCAAGUUAUGAAGCGGCAGUCAUACGAAGUAGCAGGACUAGUGAAAAAAAUGCUUUGUUCAAUUGAUGUGUACUAUGAAAUUUAGGAUUAACAAAGAUUCGUUAGCUAAACAUUCUUGUAAAAGAACUUCUUUUACGUAGUCAAAGCAUAUUUAAUAAAGUUGGUUUUUAACAUUAAAA